UUUGCUCUUUGGAAUGAACCCAUGUUAUUGGCUGCAACAGCAGAGGUUGGUUAUUUGUCUAACAUGAUGCCAGAACAGCCUGCAUUACAAUACACUUUUCCAGACGUGAGCAGGAUCAAGCAUUUUAUGAGUUCUAUGUAACUGAAUUUUUUAGUAAAAAGCCUAAGAUCUGGCUUUUUUGGGAACAAUGUCAUCAUCUUGUCCAUCCCAAGGAUUACCAUCCAGCAGCAGCCGAAGCAUUCCUGUCAAUGUGCAACAACACUCUUUUGACUCGGGUCUGGUUUUGAGAGAGAGGAAUAACAGUGGUUGCCAAGACAGUCAGAAUGAUCACCUUGAUAGCUUGGACGGGAGUUUUUUUGACUUUACUGAAACCCUGGAUGAUUCUUCUUAUGAAGGAGAGAGUGGGAUCCCUGACUUAAAACUGGUUCGAAAAAUUGUAAGUCAGGUAGAAUUCUACUUGUCAGAUGAGAAUUUAUCUCAUGAUGCCUUCCUGCUUAAGCAUGUCCAGAAGAACAAGAUGGGUUAUGUCAGCAUAAAACUCCUCACAUCUUUUAAAAAGAUAAAAUAUCUGACAAGGGACUGGAGAAAAACUCUGUAUGCUCUGCGGUUUUCAGAACAACUUGAGGUCAAUGAAGAAGAAACUAAAGUAAGACGGAAAAACCCAUUACCUGACUACCUUCUUGGACUUCCACCCACCAAGCAGUUAUUGGCUUGGAAUAUAUUGGAUCCAGAGAAAGGAUCUUUUAGUUGCCAACAAAAAAAUCUAAUGGAGAUCGUAACUUCUUUUUUUGCAACAUAUGGGGUAAUCAUGUCCAUUCGCAUUUUGAAACCAGGAAAGGAGGUUCCUAGUGACAUUAAGAAGUACAUGUUGAGGUAUCCUGAACUAUCUACUAAGAAUUGUGCUUUAGUUGAAUAUGAAAGUUUAGAAGGGGCCAGAAAGGCUCUUGAAGCACUUAGUGGGAAAGUGUCCUCUACAAAUAUUGACAGGAUCAAGGUAAUCCCUGUAAGUGGCCGUGGUACAAGAAAAAAAAGUGUAAUGGAUACUGAUGAACACGAGGAUUUACCGGAUAAAAAGAUGACCAGAAAAGAAAUUAGAGCAAUGGAAAGACUUCAUUAUACAACUGAAGAUUCUUCAUUCUAUAGUUCAUCUGAGUCAGAUAGUACUCCUGCUUCCCCAGUCUUAACACCACGGUACCUUUCACCUCUAACUUUUUCCAGCCCUAGUAUGAUGUUUAAGCCACCGUUCUUUAGUAGCCCACGUUCCAGUACAUUCUUGGCUCGAAAGAGUCUAUCUCAUUCUCAUCAUAACCCUUCUCCUUUAGCUUCUGAACUAGGAAAUGGUGAUUACCCAAGCCCUGGCACAAGCCCAGAGUUGUGCCGUAAAAGUUCAGACCACUCUGCAGAGAAUGCAGGGAGCUCUACGAGUCCUUGGGUCCAACGCCGCAGGGCUGCAGCCCACAACCUACUAGGAGAAAAGCCACUACCAUGUAGCCCUCUAACACUUAAGAAGUUGACUGUUUCUCUUGGCCUAAAUAAUGGGGUAAUUCGUCACCCAUAUGGGCCAGAUGGCAGUAAAGGGUUCCACAACUGCAUUGGCAGAGGUAAGCUGGUACUACGGCACUAAGUGGUUUCUUGGAUUUCCCUAUGUUGAAAUGUAACUUUCUAGGUUCAGUAUUAUUCAAAAUGAACAUGCAACAAAAUUUAGAAAGGCGGCCUCUAGUAAUUAACAAUAUAUAUAUAUUUUUUUUGUUGUACCGAUAAUCAAAGUAUAUAAAUUACUGCAGCAGGAAACUUAUGCAGUCAGAUAAUCCAUUUAAUAUAUGUCACAAAAAUAUUUUGUCUGCAUUGCCUGAAUAUUUUCAAAUAGCAUUGAUAAGCUUUACUACAAAGACACAAGACCUAAGGCAUGUCUGUCAUAAGCUCAUUUGUAAUAAGUCUGUGUGAAUUUACCUUUCUAACAGAUGAGGAAUUUGCUUUAAAUAUCUGACCACUUUGGAAUCUUUUAAUGCUGCUGUGUAACUUGUGCUUACAAAAAUAUCUUUAAAAAGAGGUUAUGGAACAAAUUUCUUUUCCUUAACCCGCUGACACAAAUCUGUGUUUGAAAAAGUAUAAAUUUUGGAAUGAGUUUUCCUAUAACCUGCAAUGUUAGACUUUCAUGCAAAUCUUGCAUUACCAUAACUGGUUUCUUCUCUUCUAAUUUCUGAAUGCCCUAAAUGCAUUUUUUUCCUUUAAUCAGUUUAAUCAAGACUAUAAGAUACCUUGAAGGUGUCUGCUUGAGUAUCCUCUUCCUUCUUCUAUUAAGGACAGACUCUAUACUAUAAACAGUCUCACUGGAGUCCGUUUAAUUUACACAUCAUGUAUACAGUAAAAUAAUACUGGGAGCGACAGAACUUUAUUUGCAUACAGUUAAUAUUUGAGUACAAUUCUCAAUGCUAUACCUGCAAUAAACAAAUCUCUUAGGACUUCAAUGUGCAUAGAUAGAUUAUUUAACAUAUGUUAAAUGCUUUAUGUUCCUGAAAUAGAUACCUACAAACUACACAUGAUCUUGAAAGUCUUUAUUCAUUUCUUGCACUCACCAUGAUUUCUAGUUCAUUAAUGAUAUACAGUAGUUUGGCGGUAUGUCAUUUCCCAUGCAAACCCUCUUUGCUUUGUUUUAAUUUGAGUUCUUAAUGUAAAGCUUAAAUAUAGCUAUUUUAUAAAAUGGCUUGUUGUAACUUUCACUUCUUUAAAUUAAUGUCCUAGUAUACAAUAAACAUUUUAUAUAUGAAUCGGUACAAAAAGAAACUUGCCUAGCCUAAUUAAAACCUGCAUACAGUAUCUGAAAAAAAUGUCUUGUCUCGCAUUAACUGUUACUUAUGAAAGUGUUGAUGGUAAAGUAUUCAUUAAUAAAAUGUAAGAAUAUAAAUAUUGAACAUUGUAUAAUAGUGCCCAAUUUGAUUGUUGGAAAUAAAGAACUUCUCU